UGCCCAAAAAAAAAAACCAGACCAAUCUUUUUAUUAGCCCAUAUAUAAGCCCAAUCCAUCCCAAAAACCUAACCACACCCUUUACAUCAUAUAUAAUCUUCCUUUCCUUCGGCCGUUGGCAUUCGUCCGUACACCGCAGAGAACCACCGCAUAACUUCGCGAAGCAUAGGUCGGUUUAAUGCCCUUGUCUACCUUCCGACCUGAUUCCUCCUCAAAGCCGUUGUUAUUGUCCAUAUUAUUGACUCCUUAUCCAACAAUUCCGAUGGUGGAAUCAUGUCGUUAAAGCUAUCUGUUAAGGGAACGGUUCAGAAAAUGCCUUACCAUCCUCUCGUAACUUAGGUACAUAUUCUGAGCAAUGACAGACAAUAUAUCAAGUUUUUGGGGCCCUGUGACUUCUAAAGAAUGGUGUGAACCGAACUAUGUCUACUCAUCUUAUAUUGCAGAGUUUUUCAAUACCGUCUCAAAUACCCCAUGCAUUAUCUUGGCUCUCAUUGGCCUUGUGAAUGCCUUACGUCAGCGAUUUGAAAAAAGGUUUAGCGUCCUCCACAUAUCAAACAUGAUUCUUUCCAUAGGAAGCAUGGUUUAUCAUGCAUCGUUGCAACGAAUGCAACAACAAGGUGAUGAGACACCAAUGGUGUGGGAAAUGCUUCUUUAUGUGUACAUUCUCUAUUCACCAGAUUGGCACUACAGGAGCACUAUGCCUACCUUUUUGUUCCUAUAUGGUGCAGCAUUUGCCAUUGUACAUUCACAGGUUUGCUUUGCGAUUGUCUUCAAGGUGCACUAUGCAUUACUCUGCUUUCUUUGCAUUCCUCGGGCUUACAAAUAUUACAUUCACACAAAAGACACGUCAGCUAAGCGUCUCGCCAAACUGUAUGUGGCCACUUUACUGGUUGGGACCGCAUGCUUUUUAUUAGAUGGCAUGUUUUGCAAGGAUAUCUCGACAUGGCCCUUCAAUCCACAGGGGCAUGCAAUGUGGCACGUGAUGGUGGGGUUUAACUCAUAUUUUGCCAACACAUUUCUGAUGUAUUGCCGUGCUCAGCAACGGGGAUGGGAUCCAAUAGUCAAAUACUUGUUGGGUUUACUCCCCUAUGUGAAGAUUCAAAAGCCAAAGAAUCAAUAGUUCAAUUGCCAUCAAGAACACAAACUUAGAAUGAUAUAUAAUUAUAUAGCCAUAGUUGUUUUUGACAUCAGUGUGAUGUAAAUGAAAUUCAGAAAAUAGCAGUCUUAAAACAUUCUUCUGAUCUUUUUUCAUCUAGUAACUUAAAAUCAUGUCUAGUUUUCAUCUCGUAAUUAUCAGUUCUUUCAAUUCAUUUUGGCUUAAAACAUUCUUCUGAUCUUUUUUCAUCUAGACUUUUAUGAAAUACUCAAAAUUUGAUCAAA